CUUCUCUCUCUCUCUCUCUCUUGUCCUAUGGACUGUUCUCUUCUCUACCCUCCAAGCAACUCGAUUUUCGAUAUCAAUCCCUAUAGUGUGCAUUACAUACCACACGACUACGUACCACUCGACGUUUAUUACCUGUCAAGUUCUGAUCUUGGUUCGCUCUUUGACUCCGAGCCACCUACUCCAAGCUUCUCGGAGCCUUCUUUAGUUUCCACCGUGACGACCUCCAGCGCCCCUCGUAAAAGAAAACGUACUGAUCAAUCUCAAGACUCAGAUGAUUUUACAAAAUCCCCAAAACUGGAACAUGUUCCCAGUGACCCAAAGAUAGAAGCAGUGUCUGCUUUAGAAAACGACCUUGGAUACUUGCAAGAUAGUUGGGCUAGUAUCCACAUUGUCUUGGAUUCACUCCAGAACGCCUUUUUGGUAACCCCUUUCCAAGGCGCCAAUGAGCAACAGUUGGAUGAACUCGAUCGAGAGCUAGGAACAGCAUAUGACGAUCUGAUGGUGCAAGUACGCCAGCUCGAUCGCGCUUUGAAGCAACUGGAUCGAAAAAUAUCUGAACUGCAAACCGCACCUUCUUCCUCCUCCCAACUGGACAGGUGAUCUCACUAUGACCGUACCGUUCCAGCCAACGUGAGUGAGAUCUACGACCAAAAUAUUGGGAUGAACCUCCGACACAUGUCACAUGAUCGACAGCGCUCCCCUACGCUCCAGACUAUCCUCCUCUUUGUCACAUAGAAUUUGUAUAUACCCUCACGCCAAUACCACCUUAUAUAGAUAUUUUCUGCUCAUUUCUAUGUUCUUUAUGUUCAAGAGGAAACGUGUUUUUUCUCUGAAUUAUGUGUAUAUUCCCCACAUUUUU